AUGGAGGGCGAAAGAAGCAACUUCUUCAAGGUAUGCGUCGCAAUCUUUGUAUCACUUUCCUAUUGCUAUGGAGUUGGUAAAACAGUCUCAAAAGGCACCAAAAGACUCCUCUCUGUUCUCCCAAUAGUCUUCCUCUUUCUCUUUCUUCCUCUCUCUCUCUCCUCCAUAAAUUGCGGAGGCAUAACUGGAUUCUUCAUUUCAUGGCUCGCCAACUUCAAGCUUUUGCUCUUCGCUUUUGGCAAAGGCCCUUUAAUAGACAAUUCAAACUCAACAAGUAUAUUUCCCCUUUGGCGUUUCAUUGCUUAUGCUUGUUUCCCUAUUGAGAUACGACAUAAAAACCCACUUCAAAAAACAACAUCUAGACAAGUCCAAAAGUGGCUUCUUAUCUAUGUAAUAAAAGUAUUGCUUUUGGCCAUCCUAGUACUUCGUUUCUCGGACUACGAAAAUUACAUGCAUCAAAAAGUGGUAUUAUUUCUUUAUUGCCUCUACGUUUACCUCGUUCUUGACAUCAUCCUAGCCACAACCUCAGCCGCGGCUCGAGCCAUUUGGGGGCUAGAUCUCGAGCCACAUUUCAACGAGCCAUACCUCUCUAGCUCACUACAAGACUUUUGGGGCCGAAGAUGGAACCUCAUGGUGGGCCGUGCACUGCGGCCCGCGGUGUAUGAGCCCACCCUAGGGUUGUGGGCUGGUCUAGUGGGACGCAAGUGGGCCCCCAUCCCCGCGGUUCUUGGCACGUUCGCGGUUUCGGGCCUCAUGCAUGAGCUCAUUUUCUAUUAUUGGGCCCGGGUGUGGCCCACCUGGGAGGUCACGCGGUUCUUCCUCCUUCAUGGCACGUGUUUGGCAGCGGAGAUUGCCGUGAAGAAGGCAGUUGGCACCACCAAGUGGUGGCCACCGAGGGCGGUGACGGGUAUUUUGGCAGUAGGCUUUGUGAUGGAGACUUGCUUUAGGAUGAUGUUCCCCCAGGUCCUGAGGUGUAACGCUGAUGUGAGGUUGCUGGAAGAGUAUGCUGCAAUUGGUGCUUUUUUAAGAGGCGUCGCUAAAAAUUUAGCGUUGAUUUUUAGCUAG